AUGCUCAACAGCUCCACCUCCGAAUCCUCGUCCUCGUCCAAUGACAGCUUCGUCUGCUUGCCGACCCCCUUCUUCUGCUGUGGAAUCCCCGCCGCGCCGGGGUUCCUCGCUGGCCCGCGGGUCGGCGGAGGCUGGACCGCCAUCUGCAGCAGCUCGUCCUCGUCCAAAUCGUCGCCGUCGCUCGACAUUUUGUCCCAAUUCGAAUUUGUCGGUAGUAACAGACAAUGCGCGCUUGCAGAGGGCCGUCCGAAGAAGGCGAUGGGUAGGAGACUAGGAGGAUCUGAUGCGUCGCGGUCGCGGAAUGUGACUCCCUUGAACCAUAUCAUAAUCAUGUGCGAACGGAUGACUUCUAAUUUGACGUGCCGUCAGGACAAUGUUCAGGACAGGGAUAUGCACGAACUGAGCCUCGGGUUUCUACAGUUACAUUACUCCAUAGCAACUAGGAAUUUGUCAACAGAAAAUCCACUCUCCAAGAACAUAACAAUUUCACUAACAUCGUUUUGA